CUUACCUGUGGAAACUUGUAGGAGGAGAAACGUGUAAUAAAAGCAAAUCCCAUGCCACAUUCUGCUAUCCCAUUCAAGCCAAAAUCCUUGGAAGAGAAGCUUGUAGAAGUUCAGCCAUUCUCAUUUGAAGCCCGGGACAAGCAGAGGGAAGCAUUAAAGGAAAAGAAAAUACAAGAAUUGCGCAAAGAGUUGACUGAGUUCCCUAGCUUUAAAGCUCAACUGCUCCCUGACUUUAAUUCUACUCGGUUACCAGAGAAGAUGGUAAAGUCUCCAACUAAAGUGCAGCCAUUCCACCUGCGUUUACAAGAACGUGGUGCUAUCAGAGAUCAACGCUGGGCACAGAUGAUGAAAGAAGAGCUGAGACAACAAAAAGAAGCAACGUGCUUUAAAGCUAACCCCAAUUCUGUCAUUUAUCGUGAACCAUUUCUCCCAAAGAAAGCAGACCGGUCAUUAAUAGAAAAUAUUGAUUCCACAGUUCAGGAGACGUUUGAACUGGCAACAGAGAAGCGUGCAAAAGAGCGUGCAGAAUUCGAAAUGCGUAAGGCAGAGAAAGAAAUCAUGAGGGAGAAGGCGGAAGAGGAAAAACGAAAAGAAAAUGAAGAGAGAGAAAGAGAAGAAACUGCUCGACUUCGGCAGGAGCUAGUUCACAAAGCAAAUCCUGUUCGACAUUACAAGAAAGUGGAAAUCAAACCUAGUGACCAGCAACUAACAGUUCCACACACUCCUCAUUUUUCAGAUAGAUUCAGGCUGUGAUGUAAUUUACUUUACCUUCAGUAUUAUUGUGGGCAGAAUCGCUGGAGGGUUUGUAGCUGUCUGUAAUGUUUCUAACUCGAUUUCAGGAUUAUUGCUAUAGCUCUUGUAUUUGGUUCAUGAUCAUUAAUUUUGUAACUUUGUUUCACUCAAUAAAGUUAGGCAUUUUAAUCACA